AUGGCAGUUCAAGAAGUCAACCCAAAGAUUGUUGGAGGAAGUCAUGCCAAAGAAGGAGCCUGGCCCUGGGUCGUCAGUCUAUAUUUUGACAACAGGCUGUUGUGUGGUGCUUCUCUGGUCAGCCCUGACUGGCUGGUGUCUGCGGCUCACUGCGUGUAUGGGCGCAAUGAACCACCAACUCAGUGGAAAGCAAUUCUGGGCCUGCAUAUGGCAUCAAACCUGAGUUCUCCUCAUAUCGAAACACGGUUGAUAGACCAAAUUAUCAUAAAUCCACAUUAUAAUAAAAGGGUUAAGGACAGUGACAUCGCCAUGAUGCACCUCGAAUUUAAAGUGAAUUACACAGAUUAUAUACAACCUAUUUGCUUACCAGAAGAAAAUCAAGUUUUUCCUGCAGGAAAAAAGUGUUCUAUUGCUGGCUGGGGUAGACUUUCUUCUCAAGCUCCUCCUGCAGACGUAUUGCAAGAAGCUGAAGUUCCUCUUAUAUCAAAUGAGAAAUGCCAACAACAGAUGCCAGAAUAUAACAUUACAGAAAACAUGGUCUGUGCAGGCUAUGAAAGAGGAGGAAUUGAUACCUGUCAGGGAGAUUCAGGAGGACCAUUAAUGUGCCAAGAGGAUGACAGGUGGUUCCUGGCAGGUGUGACAUCCUUUGGAAAAGGGUGUGCGCUACCCAAACGCCCAGGGGUCUAUGUCCGUGUCCCAAGAUUCGUGGAAUGGAUACAGAGUUUUCUGCAUUAG